UGACUUGCCGUCCUGAAAAGUGUGAUCCUGCUGAGUUGCUCACGUAGGGGAAAAGUUGUUCUGCGUGAAUUCAGGGGAGAGAGCAGUGUCCACGUCCUUCAGAGUGCUGGGUUGGUCUGGACAGUCUGUCAGCCAUUUUACUGCUCCUGUUCAUCAUGAGGCGAGUGCACCUGCUCCUCUCCGCCGUCUGGCUCCUGUGCGAGGGGCGUCUGAUCGUUCAUCCGGACAGGGCCUGGUUUUUCCGAUACGAAUCCGUGUCUUUCCGCUGCUCCGGACCCCGAGGGCCGGGGGGGCGCACGGGGGUCUUCAGAAACACCUCGUCUCGCUCCGUCGAUCCCUGCGAGAGCAAAUGGGGCAACGUGAACGGAACCACCUGCACCAUAAACGAUCUGUUCACUCUGGACAGCGGCCUCUACUGGUGCGACGCGGAACAGCAGCGGGCGAGCGACGUCCUCAACCUCACCGUCACCUCCGGCUCCGUGCUCCUGAGCGUCCCGGCGCGGCCCGUCCUCCAGGGGGCGACGGUCUCUCUGGUGUGUCUGUACAAAGACGGGCCGAAGGUCAGCGCAGAGUUCAGCGGUCGCUUCUAUAGAAACGGAACGUUACUGGGGGAAAACUCUCCCGCGAUUCUGCGUCUGCCCGGAGUCACUGUCCAGGAGCAGGGCCUGUACCACUGCGUCCACCACACCAGCAGAGGGCGCUCCGCAGACGUGCCGCUCACAGUCUCCACCAGGACACAGCACGAGUCGACGACCGAGACCACGACCACGACCCGGUCUCCCCUUCACCCGACUGUCACAUUUCUGAGCUUCGGCCUCCUGUUCCUCCUCUACACCUGCAUCCUCUGCAUCGCCUUCUGCAUCUGCCACAAACUCCGCAAAGCUCGAGCUGAAGACAAACAAAGAGGAGCAAACCUUUGAAGAGUUCUUUUUUUUAAAAUCAUAAUUUCAUGUUGUUUUUUUUUUUUUUUUACUUUUCUUAAACUUAUCAAGUGACACCAGAUGAUUAUUAUAUUAUUAUAUUAUGAACAUUUAUCUGUACAAUCUUUAAAAUUCCAAGACCGUGGAGCAGCGAAGACGAAAAGGAAGAUUUUCCAGCUCAGAGUCACAGUGAAAAGUCCCGCGAAGAAGAGUGGAGACGUAAAGAAGUUUUAGUCCUGGUUUAGUCCUGGUUUAGUCUUGGUUUAGUC